UAAAUAAAAGCUUACUCUUCUCUUCUUCUUUAAAGCUGUUAUCCUCUAAAUGGACUCCGCAUACAGCAAUAUCAGAAGCACUUCGUUGUUGAGUCCUUUUAAACCUGCUUUUAGCUUCAAAAAAUCUCACCUUCUUUUCACUUCCGCGCUCAAGCUAUCGAAAUUUAAGCCUCUAGCGCUCAGAAACGCAUUUGGGUUCGAUGAAAAUGGAUCUUUUAAUACACCCAGCAAGGUUUUCAUGCAAGAGGCUAUUGGAGCUGAAUAUGGUGAAGGUUUUGAGACUUUUAGACAAGAUGGACCUUUAAAAGUUGAUGUGGAUUUUCUGAAUGAUAGAUUGCAGGAAGGUUUUCUGAGACGGAUACGGUAUGCCAUGAAGCCAGAUGAGGCCUAUGGGCUCAUUUUCUCUUGGGACGCAGUGGUGGACACUCAAGCUUUGAAGUUGAAUGCAUGGAAGCAGCUUGCCUUUGAAGAGGGAAAAGAAGUUCCCAAAGAUGGUGAUUUGCAAAGACUGAUGCUUAAAGCAGGUGCUGAUCAAGUGCUGCAUAAGGUGUUGCUCUGGGCUAGAGAAGAAAGUGAACUGGAUAGAUUGAAGUUAAGGCUUUCGCAAGUAUAUUAUGAUUAUCUCCUAAGAGUUAGAGAGCCCAUAGAAGGGCUGCUAGAAUGGCUAGAUGCAGUCUCCACUGCUCGCAUCCCUUGUGCUGUUGUUUCAAGUCUUGACCGGAGAAAGAUGGUUGAAGCCCUUGAACGGAUGGGACUUUUGAAGUAUUUCCAGGCAAUAGUGUCCGAGGAAGAUGGCAUGGAGUCAAUAGCUCAUAGAUUUCUUUCUGCAGCAGUUAAGCUAGAUCGAAAACCAUCCAAAUGCGUGGUAUUUGAGGAUGAUCCUAGAGCGAUAACUGCUGCUCACAACUGCACAAUGAUGGCUGUGGCACUGAUUGGCACGCAUCGCGCGUAUGAUCUAGUCCAGGCUGAUCUUGCUGUUGCCAACUUUAAUGAGCUUUCAGUGAUAAAUCUGAGGAGAUUAUUUGCUAACAGAGGAUCUACUUUCAUGGACAGACAAAAGCAGAUUAUAGAGAAAGCUCCUCCGAAAAGGAAACUUACUAUUGAUACCAUUUUGUAAUUCAUUUUCACUCUUUCUUUUACCAAUCCUCCCGAUAUUGAUUGUACAAUAAUCAAAUGUAUUCCUUUCUAAUAGUAUUUUUACUCAGUUUAGAACAAUUCUUUAUUCUUGAAGAUAUAACAUACAGCAAUUGAGUAACAUACAAAUGAUGAG